UGGUUUUGUAUUGGUGACAAGUGUUUUGAUUUGACAUAAUUAUUUGUUGUUUGAUGUUGGUGUUAAUGCGUUGAAACUGCUUUUGUAACAUUUUAAUAUUAAUUGGAUACUUAGUUUUAAAUUUAUACUAAUUUAACUCAAAAAGUCUUCUUCACUACUUAGCAAACUCACUUAUAUAGGUAUUUUGAUCCAGAUGACAAACAUGCACUUGAAUCAAACUACAACAAAAUAAGAUGCAGUCACGUUUAUCCUUAAAAAUACAUAAGAAAUGGACUUCUCUUUUACUUUGGUCAGCUCAUUGACUCCUCGGAGCCAUAUUACCAGAACUCCAUUGAGUGAAACCAAUAAACUAUCUUCAAAAGCACAGAAAAUAAAGCAGAACUUCAACUCAUAUACUGAAAAUUGUGACACCUUUGAAUCAAGUAACAAAGAAAAAGAAAACCAACUACCCAAGAAUAAUCAGAUGAAAAAAAAUGUUGCUCAGGUUAAAGUCUUUGACGAAAAAUAUAAUGAAGGGAAAGGAAAUGAGGUUAGAGCAUCUGUCUGUUUCCCUGUUGAUAUGUCAAAUAUCGCAGUCAGAAGGACUAAAGUAAGGAGUAGUAGAAGAAGUAAAUCUAAUUCAAUAAAAGUUGAUGAUACGAGCUUAAGGAGUCUUUGUAAAGAUGUAAACGUUAGUACCAGUUUAGAAAACAAAGAUAAUUUUUGUUGUAAUUCAAGCAAAAUAGAAACAAGUAAUAUAUUGUUUGAAAAUAGACUGAAAACUUCCAGUAAUGAUGUAAAAAAUAUUACUAGUAAUUUAAAUACCAAAGGUAAUUUUUGUAGCUCAUUAAAUAAAGACGAACAAUUAGAAGGUUUAAAUUGUGAAGAAAUAGAAUAUAAAAAUUCUUCUUUGAACAAUAAAGGAGUAAAAAGAAAAUCUCCAAGAUUCAGUGAACAUAGUGAUAUUUCUACUGACAUAAUAGAAAACUCAGAACUGAAAUAUGAUGUUAAUGAGAAUAAUGAUUCUUUUACUAAAAAUUCAGUUUUAUCAAGACUGCGUUCUAGAUCAGAUUCAAUAAGAUUAAGUGACUUAAGUGAGACAUCCCUCUCACCUGCAUAUGAUAGUGAUUCUUUUAAAGUAGCAAGAAGACGUGGUGUUAAGGUCAUUCCAGAAACACCAGAAACUGAGGAGAGCUUGAAGAGUAACCGUAAUUCAAGUGAGAAAAAACAUUCAUUAGAAAUAAAAGCAAAGAAAAGUAAAGAAAGCAUUGACUUAAAAUACAGUAAUGUAGAAAGCAUCAAUUUGAGAUCUUGUGAGAAUAUUUGUGAUCAAUUUUCACCUCAAGAUAAAAAAUGUCUAACAUCAUGUGGUGAAAGUCCCAAACCUGAUGAAAAUCCGAAAAAGAAAUUAAGGUCCAGCAAUGAAUCCUCUGUAUCUGACAUGUUUCAGCUUGAGUCGUCAAUUAAAAACCGACCAUCAACUGCUGUUGCAAAGAAUAAUAAAAUGGACCCAAGUGAUUUCAAGAAAGAUAAAAGAAAGAUUAGCUUGUCGCCAGUACUGAAAGAUAGUAAUAUAAAAUGUGUGGAUGAUAAAGUGACUGAGCCAAAGAAAGAAAAGAAAUCAACAUCUAUAAAACCUAUAAAUAGAAAGAAAACUAGCAAAGAAGGAGAAAAUCACUGUAAACCACUGAGGACUAAUGUGAAAGAAAAUAAUGAGAAACAUUCUCCAAUAAUUGUUAGUUCACCAAAAGCUAACCUCAUUCCUCCAACAGAAGUCAUUCCUAAAUUUGAACACAUAAGUAAUUGGCUUAAGGAUACCCAAGAGAAAUCAGUUAUUCCCGAGAACGACUCUUCACUUCACAGCCCAAAAGAUAGAAAAAAACACCCUGCAGGAAAAUCAAAAUUUGUAUUGUCUUUAAGUCCAAGAAUAAAAAACAAAAAGAAAAUAGCUGAAAGCACAUUACAGGAAGAACAGAAAAUGUUUGAAGAACUAUAUGGCAGUGACUUGGCUAAAAGAUUAAGUGACGAUGUGGAUGAGGUGAUUAGCAUUGCCAGUUCAAGUGAGUCCGUUCAAAUGUCUGAGAAAGUAUUAGAAAAAUUGUACGGAACUGUUUGGCAGAAAAAUGCUGUUCUUCCACAGAGUGAACCAAGGAAAGGAAAGAAGAAAUCCCCAUCUUUGCAGAAAAACUUUCCCCAAACAGAAAGAAAGAAACACCGGACAUCAAUCUAUGAUGUGUUCUCUUCAUCAUCUAGUGAAGAUCGUUUUGAAGAAUUCCUGGAGAGUGUCCAGAGGGGCAAAGUGGACCCGUUGAGGCGAACAAGUAACCGGCCUGGUACCCCUGAGUUUAUUAAUGACUCGGACUCUGAUUCCAAUACUAGCAUUGGUUUCUAUCACAAAAUUGUAUCCAGUGCAGUGAAAGAGGAUGUUGGAAAUCUGAGAUAUAACAAUACGGACAAUGUAAAUAAGCCAACAAAGGUGAAUCGGCGGAGAUUAUCAUUUGCUAGCAGUAAGGAUGACUGUUCUGAGAGUGGAAAAUCUGACACAAAACGGACAGAUAAAGCACCUAAAGUGUCUACCAAAGAAACAAAGAAAAACAUUCGUAAACCAAGAUCUAAAAAGAAAACAAAAGACUGUGAUGAAGUUUCAACCGAUGUUAAUGGUUUUACAUUAGUUACACCCUUAAAAGUAAGAGAUAAAAAGACUGAAAACGAAUUGAAUGACAGAGUUAAAAAAACCCUUGAAGGUGAAGUGCCUAAAUCUGUAGGAAAAUCAAAGACUCCUAAAAAAUCAAGCAAAAAAGACAACAAUCCAAGGAGUGAGGAGGAACUCAGGAGGAAAUAUCUAGAAGGUGAUGGUUUUAAAGUGCCUACAAAUCUUACAUCACUCAAGACUCCUACAAGACAAGCGUCUACCAAAGUUCCACCUUCUCCGUCAUUGUCUUUUCUCAGUUCGUUGUCAGAGAUGACCGCUGGACUGCCUUGUCACCCGGAUGCCUUGGUCUUUAAGAAAGAUUUCAAAAACAAAAGAGAGGAGCUCACCAAAAAACUAUUUACUUUGUACAAUAGGGAAGUCUUUGACAACAAGCUACCUGAGGAGAUGCUGAUCCAGUGGAGUGCCCGGAUGACUAGCACCAGCGGCUAUUGCUACAAUAAGCGGGUGUAUAGCAACAAUCAGGUUUUCCGUUCUUCCAGAAUUGUGCUGUCCACUAAGAUACUAGACAGAGCAGACCGGCUGAGGGACACACUGAUCCAUGAGCUGUGUCAUGCAGCAACGUGGAUUGUCGACGCUACAUCAGACGGACACGGUCCCAAAUGGAGAGCAUGGGCAGACAAGGCCAACUGCAGGUUCCCGGAAUUACCUGUAAUUAAGCGUUGCCAUGACUACGCCAUCACUACCAAGUUCACUUACAAGUGUAUGUCUUGUGGAUACUGUAUUGGCAGACACUCCAAGUCGCUGGACACAGACCGCAAACGUUGUGGCUACUGCUAUGGCAAGUUCCAAGUAUUCGUGACGGCUAAGAUGUCAACUGCCAGUGCCACCAGUGGUUCCGACUCUGUCAGGACGCAGCGCAACCCCACCGGCUUUGCACUCUUUGUCAAGGACAAUUAUGCAGCCAUCAAGAAACAGCACAAUGUUCCACACGGCCAAGUUAUGAAACUUCUGAGCCAAAAGUUUGCAGAAGUAAAAAUUAACAAACAGAGUACAGAUGAGCAACCAUCAUAGUUGCUAUUUUUGUCGCAUUAAUUUAAAAUUUGACUUACUUUAGGUUUGUAAAGUAUAGGGUAAUUAUUAAGAAUGUACAGUCAUAUAAAAUGUUCUGUAAUUCGUAAAGACAACUGUGAUGUAACAUCACUUUUUAGAUUAUUUGUAUAUUUCAAAUUUAUUUGAUAAUUAAAGCUUAGUUUUAGAGUGUU